GAGUUUUUCUAAUCUAUAAUUGCGAAAUAUUGGCGACCUGCGACCAUGUGACUUGACAACAUUAACGCCGGUACCCAUAGAUAGAUAGUAUUCGGAUGCGGUCGCUAGAGUGAGAUAGAGAUUGACCUUCAGUUUACGCAAUCUGAUUCGGUUUCCUUACCACUUUCUUAUUAAUAAAAAGUUAGUUAGUGAAACGCUUUGAUCAAGAUCGCUUGCCUCUCUCGCAAACAACGUAGUUUAUAUUUCUAAGUCUUAAACAAACGAAUUGACGUGGUUUGUUUUGUUUUGUUUUGCCGUAAAUUUUUUGCGUUGUUCUGUUACUAUUGCGGCUGUCAUCGACGUUGUCGCCGCCGUUGUCGUCGCAUUAGACAAGUGUUAGCGUUUUUGUUAUUGUAAAUGCAAUUGGUCUGACCAAACCAACAGCUCUUAGCUGCAAACACAAACUGAACUUAGAGACAUUCGAACGCGCUUUUCUGUGAUGAAUUGUGAGAACUUGUGGUGAACAUUAUACAACGCAUUAUAAGUGACGAUCUGGUUAACAUUUUUGCUGUAAAUUAUAAUUUAAACGAAUUUGAACGUGCCUUAGUUUAUACAAGUGACAAAACAUCGGUUUUACCGCGCCAGUUUAACCUAAAGUUUAUUGUUUCAUUUGUAAUAUCGGCAAACGCAAAGAUGUCAUACAUUUUUCAAGAUUUCGAAAAAGAGUAUCAAGUGGCUCCAUUGGAUAGAAAUGAUGUACAAAACCGCAAAAUUAACGAAGUUCUCAGUGGACUUUUCUUCAAUGAGCCAACGGUCAAGCGUAUUGCCAACCAAUUUGAGAAAGAAAUGAACCUCGCCCUCAACGAAAAAUGGAGUGAAUCUUCGGUUUUAAUGGAAAACACAUACAUUCCAGAAUUGCCUGAUGGCAGCGAACACGGAAAAUUCUUAGCUUUGGAUUUGGGCGGAACCAAUUUCCGAGUGCUCCUUAUGGAUUUAGAUAAUGGCAAAAUCACAAAUGAAGUGGUGAAAAUGUAUGAAAUCAGAAGUGAAUUACGAGUUGGUGGCGAAGAUAUGGCCGUAGCUCUGUUCGACCAUAUUGGACAGUGCUUGUGUGAUUUUGUUGAAGAAAAUGAUUUGGUUUCAGUUCCAUUACCACUCGGAUUUACAUUUUCGUUCCCAAUGAAACAGCACAGUUUGGAUUCCGCAACACUAGACGCUUGGGCAAAAUCAUUCAAUUUGCCAACGGUUCUUGGCACCGAUGUCGUCGAUCGGUUGCGAGACUCGCUACACAAACUCGGUCACAAUCAUAUUGAAGUGGUUGCUAUUCUGAAUGAUACAACGGGCGUACUCAUGCAAGGGACAAAUCUUGAUAAACGUACACGAAUUGGCAUUGUAUUUGGAACCGGAAGUAAUGCCGCCUAUGUGGAGCAAGCUGAUCGUGUAAAGCAUUGGGAAGGCAAAGGUCGUCGUGGUGCUAAGCAAGUGUGUAUUGACAUUGAAUGGGGUGCUUUCGGUGAUAAGGGAUCGUUGGAUUUUAUCCGCACAAGAUUCGACGAUCGAUUGGACGAAACAUCACUUUUACCAGGAGGCUACACAUUUGAGAAAUACAUUGGUGGAAAAUAUUUGGGAGAAUUGGUGCGCCUUGUGCUCGAUGAACUUCACCAAAAAAAGUUGGCAUUCCAAAAUACGCCAACCAAUUUUGUUCCAAAACCAUGGUCGUUUGAUACAAGAGAAAUUUCUACAAUUGAAGAAGAUACCUUAAAUGGUACAAAACACCUCACAAAGGAGGUUCUCAUUGAAGCUGGCUUCAAAGAUUUGACCGAUUAUGAUAUUAUGGUGUGUCAGCAUGUGGCUGCUGUUCUUUCGCAUCGUGCUGCACUCUUGGUGUCGAUCACCACAUCGGUGAUUAUGGCCCGACUGACUUGCCCUGAUGUGACUAUUGCAAUCGAUGGAUCCGUCUAUAAGAAUCAUCCUCGAAUGGAUGCCUGGCUCAACCGAAUCCUUACAAAAUUGAAUUCAACCAAAAAGAUUUUCCGUCUGAUGUUGGCUGAGGACGGCAGUGGAAAAGGUGCUGCACUAACGGCUGCUAUUGCGCUCAAAUUGGAAAAUAAAUUGAUCCAAUAAAUAAUAACUAUAUAUAUAUCGCAAAUAAGUUUUAUGCAAUGACACAAACACAAUCACACACACACACACACACACAAACACACAUUAGGAGGAUUAGUACUUAGUUGUAUUUGGAUUACGUAGAUUUUUUCUUCUCGGUUGAAUCACAUCAAAUGUCAAAGUGCAAAUAAGAACACAUAGAAAUAAAAACAAAUGGUUGAUUUAAAA